AUGGAGGCGAUGGAGGUAGACUCUCCUGCGGAGAUACAAGGAGGAGGCAGCAGACCGCCACGGGCAGCUGUUGCUGGCCAGGCCGAGAAUGCCGACGCACCACAUGUCAUCUCAGACUCCGGCAGCAGUACCGAGGUGGAGGACGAACAUGAUAACAAUGGAGGACAGGCGGCAGCUCGGCCACCUCCGAGGCUUCCAGCAACCUGGGCGUUUAGUCAGAGGGCAGUCCGGACUGCAGCCACGCCAUCAGCAGCUCGGGGGGCACCCCUACGGAGGAGAGUCAGGCAGGGCCUCAGGGUGCACUACCCCAGCCAGACGGCAGCACCAUCCAGAGGCUUCCCUGACUUUCUGCUCCGAGCGCCGGCUGCCAGCGUGGCUGAGCCAGAGUCAGGCAGCACCACAGACGUCAGCGAGUCGGAUGAAGAGGAUGCUUCUGCCGCCGUGUUGCUUGUUGACCCUGCCCCACCAACCAAUCCUCACCCCAACCCCUCCACAUAUCACACGCAGCCACAGGAUGUCAGCUCAGCCAACCCCACUUCAGCUGCAGACAAUGAGAGGACAGAAGAUCAACAUCAGGGUGUCAGGUUGCCCUCGGAGGCCUUGGCUUCCAUCCAGUCGAGUGAGGAGAGUGAAGGCGACAACUGCACUAUCUGCUUCGAGGCUUGGACGACGGCGGGCGAGCACAGGCUGUCCGCUCUGCGCUGCGGACACCUCUUCGGCUACACCUGCAUCCAGCGCUGGCUGAAAGCUCAGGGUUCAGCCGCUAAAUGUCCACAGUGUAACAAGAAAGCGAAGCGUUCAGACAUCGUGCUGCUGUACGCUCCAAAGCUGAGAGCGUUGGACAACUCUGAGGAAGAGAGCUUAAAAAAGUCUCUGGAGCAGGAGCAGUCCCUCAGGAGGAAGGCUGAACUGGAGUCAGCUCAGUACAAACUCAAACUACAGGUCGUCACCAGCAAAUAUGGACAAGUAGAACAAGAGCUGCAGGAGCUGAGGACUCUAAUGGCUCAGGCUGGUAGAAGCUCAGUUCCCUCUUCCUCCUCUUCUUCCUCAGGGUCAGCCAUACUCCACGGCCUUACUCAGAGGCCAGAGGGCUCCAGGAAGGCCCAGUACAGCUUCUCCAAGGCAGUUUUAGUGUUUCAGGCUGGAGGGUGCAGGGUUUUGUCAUACUGUGAACCUCUGAGUUGCCUGCUUGCCUCGCAGCCUUCCCCGCAAGCCACAUUGGUGCCUGGUUGUGGGGUGAAGAAGGUGAGUGUGGUGAACAUGAAGGCGAGUCAGUACGUCCCCAUCCACAGUAAACAGAUCCGAGGCUUGUCCUUCAAUAGACAGAAUGACAGUCUGCUGCUGUCUGCAGCCCUGGACAACACCAUCAAACUGACCAGUCUGUUGACCAACACAGUGGUUCAGACCUAUAACGCGGGCAAACCAGUGUGGAGCUGCUGUUGGUGUUUGGACAACCCUAACUACAUCUAUGCUGGUCUGAACAACGGCUCGGUGCUCGUCUACGACACCAGAGACACCACCACACACGUCCAGGAGCUACAGCCGCUUCGCUCCAGGUGUCCGGUAGCAUCUCUGUGCUAUGUCCCUCGGGCAGCAUCCAGCUCGUUCCCCUGCGGCGGGUUGAUCGCAGGGUCUCUGGAGGGCGGGUGUUUCUGGGAGCAGGUCAGCGAGGCCACAUACAGACCCCAUGUCCUGCCACUGGAGACAGCUGGCUGCACCGACAUCCAGGUGGAAACAGAGAGCCGCCACUGUCUGGUCACGUACAGGCCAGGACGUUCCAAUCCAUCUCUGCGCUGCGUCCUGAUGGCUCUGAACCGAACGCCUCAGCAGGACUCGAGUCAGCUGCCCAACUGCUCCUGCGCUCCUGUGCAGACGUUCUGCGCUGGCUCGUCCUGUAAACUGCUCACCAAGAACGCCGUCUUCAAGAGUCCAGAUGGAGUGGGAACCCUGGUCUGUGCUGGUGACGAGGCCUCAAACUCUACCAUGGUGUGGGACGCCAGCAGCGGCUCUCUGCUGCAAAAGCUUCCAGCCGACCUCCCCGUGUUGGACAUCAGUCCAUUUGCGGUGAACGGGGAGCACUUCCUGGCCUCGCUAACGGAGAAGAUGCUGAAGCUCUACAAGUGGGAGUGAACCAGGACCAGAUACAAUCCCACAGCACAAGGACAGGAUCUGACUGUGCUGGAAAUCGAAUGCUGCUAAACCUUUGUCUGCUUGUUUACACACAGAACCCACGUUUUAAGUUUCCUCUUUUAUAAGCAUACAUCCACGUUUCUGCGACUCUUGACCUUUGACCUGAGACAGAACGCCUCUGUCAGGUGUGUAUAGACACACUGAGCUUCUCCUUAAACCAUGAUCCCAAACUACGGAGUAUGUUUGUUAUAUUUAUACAAGUCUGAGGUCAAAUUAUUCAUAUUUUGCGUGUGUGUCUGUCCUGAGGUCCUGCAGUUGAAAAGGUGAAGAUAGUGAUUUUCACCUGCUCUCAGGUGUGUGUUGGUAUUAUGGUUUGAUCAUUUUGGUACUUUGGUAUCAGCCCUGCCACUAAAGCACAGACUACAACUACAAACCAUGUCUCUUCAUCUUCAGGCUGUCCUGUUCUAAUUGAGUUUUUUCUUAAAUGUUGACAGCUUCUGCUCUGACUCAUCUUUUUUAAGACUUGUGUAACCCAUCACAGUCAACAUCAAGCCUAUGGCUGCAACUACUUCUUUGACUAUUGGUUCAUUUCCCUAUUUUUCUGUAAAUUGUUAACAGUGACCCAAUGCCCAGGGUGACGUCUUCAACCAUGGUCCAAAACUGCUUUGUUUAUGAUCACAAACUGGAAGCAGCACAUAUUUGACAUUGUUUCAUCUGUCACUCAGUACAUUAUUGUAAAGUGUACAAUGCAUUACCUCACAACUGGAGCCUGAUUAAUAUGUUGGCAGGACACAUACCAUCAGCUGACUUCAAACUAUCCUUUAUAUAUUAGUGACAAGAAAUGACAGUUCUAGUGUUUGUCCACCAGAGAGUGCUGAAGUUAGUUUUACACUGUUCCAUUGCCACAUACAUUUUUGACGGUCUCUCUUUUUUUUUAUAAUCAACUUUAAGUAAUCGUUUUUAGGCAGUCCCUUAUUGGUUGGUCUAUAUUCACAGCUGUAUUGUCAUUGAGAUGGGUUGCACAAAUACACCUCAAGACAAAACGGCAGCCUAGCUUGAAAAGUUAGUUUAGUUCUGAUGUGACUGUAACUAAAGGGCUAAAUUGUGCAAAACCAUGGGUGUGGUCCUCUAAUGGAAAUAUUAAAGGACCUUUACCACUAGUUUGCUGCUAUAGUGUGUCUUGCACAUUGCUAUGGAUCAUUUGCCUUGACUCUGUUGUCACCUCAGAGAUUUAUUUUCCUCAUUUCAGGCAGCCAGUGGUGUCAGUUUGUUUGUGGUGUUAGCUUGAAAGCUGCUGAAGAUUGAAAGAUAUUAAGCUUUGAGUAGAAAGAUUCUUACAAACUGUUGCAUGCGUUGAGAUUUGAGACCAGGGUGCACAUCAGAAACAUGUUUGCCUGUUAUCUUUUUUCUACUCUUCACAGUCAGCUCAUCACUGCAGUGCCUUCCUGUAGCUGCUCUACUGAACGCUCAGACGUCAGAUUACCCUUGAAUCCACCACAAACUAGAAGUUAAAUAGUGAUCUGGCAGCUGCAGCGUCAUCACUCGCUCUGAGCACAUCUUAUCUGACACUGAUCUAAAAACUCACUCUACUGUCAAAUGUUCAUUAUUUGUUGACACAGGGAUAACACUGUGAGUAUGAGCUCUAACAUGAGCCCAGCAGUGUAUGUCAGAUAAAAUACCUUCAUGUUCAACAUGGUUGACAGUCGUGUGGUGCUCAGGUUAGGCUGUGCUUUGUUAGAGUGAAUGGUAAACUUGUAGCUUGUUGAUUUAAAAAAAAAAAAAAAUCUGGUUCUAAAAAUCCAAUUUUGAAAAACCUGGAUUUCAAAAAUGAGCCUGGCCGCAUCAAAGUGAAGCAGGAUUGAGAGCAGAUUUGAAACUGUUCGUGAAAACUGAUCGUCCUUGGCCCAUGUCUCCUUUUAAAGCACAUUUGAUUUUGUUUUAAUUUUAAUCAUCACAAACCGAAAACUGCUCCAUCAUCACCACACUUUCUUUCUGUCCUCUCGUCUCAUUCCUCUCUGAACCAGAACAACGAACACUGCCAAAGGACCCAUUUAAACUUUUCCUUGUUUAAAUUUUUUAAGAAUGUUGUAUAUUUGUAUAUUUUCUACCAACUGUUUGAGUACAACUUCAAGGUUAAUAAAAAUGACAUGUUAU